UGGGUGGGAAGACGGUCCCGGGAGGCCGCCGCGCCAGCCGCGCCGAGCCAGCCCCUCCCCGGCCCCAGCCCUGCCCGGCGGGGCCGCGCCCGGACCCCAGACCCUGGCCCGCUGUCCAGCGCCCCUCGUGCGACCGCGGCCGCCGCCGGGGAGGGGAGGAGGCCGCCCGCUGCACGCUCGCGCCGCGCUGCCCGCAGGGCAGGCCCAGAGAGACCAUGACCUUGGACCCUCCCAGGAGAACCCUUCUGAUGCUACUGACGGCCUUGGGCCUGACCCAGGGCGACCCCGUGAAGCCCUCUCGGGGCCCACUGGUGACCUGCACGUGUGAGAACCCAUACUGCAAGGGGCCUACCUGCCAGGGGGCCUGGUGCACAGUAGUGCUGGUGCGGGAGGAGGGCACACACCCCCAGGAACAUCGGGGCUGCGGGAACCUGAACCAGGAGCUCUGCAAGGGGCGGCCCACCGAGUCCUUCAACCACUACUGCUGCUACAGCCCCUUCUGCAACCACAACGUGUCCCUGGUGCUGGAGGCCACCCAGACUCCGCCAGAGCAGCCGCAAGAAGAUGGCCAGCUGCCUCUGAUCCUGGGCCCCGUGCUGGCCUUGCUGGUCCUAGUGGCUCUGGGUGCCCUGGGCCUGUGGCAUGUCCGGCGGAGGCAGGAGAAGCAGCGGGGCCUGAACAGCGAGCUGGGCGAGUCCAGCCUCAUCCUGAAGGCAUCCGAGCAGGGGGACAGCAUGCUGGGGGACCUCCUGGACAGUGACUGCACCACCGGCAGUGGCUCAGGGCUCCCCUUCCUGGUGCAGAGGACAGUGGCGCGGCAGGUCGCCCUGGUGGAGUGUGUGGGAAAGGGCCGCUAUGGCGAGGUAUGGCGGGGCCUGUGGCACGGUGAGAGUGUGGCCGUCAAGAUCUUCUCCUCGAGGGAUGAACAGUCCUGGUUCCGGGAGACUGAGAUCUACAACACAGUGCUGCUCAGACACGACAACAUCCUAGGCUUUAUCGCCUCGGACAUGACUUCCCGCAACUCAAGCACGCAGCUGUGGCUUAUCACGCACUACCACGAGCAUGGCUCGCUCUACGACUUUCUGCAGAGGCAGACGCUGGAGCCCCAGCUGGCCCUGAGGCUAGCCGUGUCCGCGGCCUGCGGCCUGGCGCACCUGCACGUGGAGAUCUUCGGCACACAGGGCAAGCCGGCCAUCGCCCACCGCGACCUCAAGAGCCGCAACGUGCUGGUCAAGAGCAACCUGCAGUGCUGCAUCGCGGACCUGGGCCUGGCUGUAAUGCACUCCCAGGGUAGUGACUACCUGGACAUCGGCAACAACCCGCGAGUGGGCACCAAGCGGUACAUGGCCCCCGAGGUGCUGGAAGAGCAGAUCCGAACCGACUGCUUCGAGUCCUACAAGUGGACAGACAUCUGGGCCUUUGGCCUGGUGCUGUGGGAAAUCGCCCGCCGGACCAUUGUCAAUGGCAUCGUGGAGGACUACAGGCCACCCUUCUAUGAUGUGGUGCCUAAUGAUCCCAGCUUUGAGGACAUGAAGAAGGUGGUGUGUGUUGACCAGCAGACCCCCACUAUCCCCAACCGGCUGGCUGCAGACCCGGUCCUCUCAGGCCUGGCUCAGAUGAUGCGGGAGUGCUGGUACCCAAACCCGUCUGCCCGCCUCACUGCGCUGCGGAUCAAGAAGACACUACAGAAGCUCAGCAAUGGUCUCCAGAAGCCCAAAGUGAUUCACUAGCCACAGGCCUGCAGCCUGACUCCCCUCUGCCUGCAGUGUGUGUGUGGUGGGCAGUGGAUGGUGGCCUGUCUGGGUAGAGGUUCUGUGAGUGUGUGUGCUGGGGAGGGGAGUGCCCCUCUGUGGGCAGCUGUGCCUGCCCAACUCGGCCCCCAGCCCAUCCAGUCAAAAAUACAGCUGGGCUGAAACCGGAUCCCCCACACCCACCUCGCCGCGCCGUCUGGCCUGCUCAAGGCAGCAGGCUCGCUGACGCCGGGCUCCCUCCCCACUCCCACGCCCUGGGUGCACCCCCUACCACUCCCAGGACCCGAUGCAAAAGAGGCCUCAGAGCCAGGGUGGCCAAGCCAGGGAAUCCCAGUCCUGGGCCCAGAGUCUGGGCCUGCACUUCACCUCCUGCCGUCAGUCAACCCCACUGCCCCACCAGAGCUGCCAGGGUGGCACAGGGUCAACAAGGCACAGGGUGCCAGGCACAGGGUGGCAUAGGUCCAGCCUUCAGUAGACACCCUGCCCUGCCAGGCUUUAGCCUCUGUCCCAAGCCCCAGACACCCAGGCCCAUCGGUUUUUCUCCGUGGGUUUGUAUCUCAGCUCCAGGCCGCCUUGGGCCUCCAUCUCCUAGACAAGACCCCCACUUAGCUGAAUGCUAGUUGCCCAGGAGAGCGGGGGGCCUGAUCCUGGGCCCCUCCUCCACUCCCCUCCUAGCUGACUUAUUGUGGCAUUAAGCCCAAGGCGUCUUGCUGAGGGUGUGGCAGAGUCACAGGCCAGUGGAGAGGUGGCAGGUCAGAUGGGCAAGGCCCAGGACUUUCAGAAUAAACUGAGAGGAUGUGGGAGCCAAGCAUGGCCGCCGGGGAAGGGCUCAGCUGGGAGUCAGGAGACCCAGGGUCUGGUCCGGGUGCUUUGCUCUACAGGACAAGAAGGAGGCCUUCGCUGGCCCAGGACCUUUGUUUCUUUAUCUACAUAUUGAAAGAUUUGUAGAUGAAGAUUUGGUCCUGAUGUCUUUUGAGGUGUUUUUCAGCUCUAAAGUUCUUUGAAAUGUUUAGCCUGUGUCAGAACUCAGUUCAUCAGUCCCUUGUACUCCUUGUGCCCCCGCCCCUGGCAAUUUGCCUCAAGAUGGAGAUUUGAAAAUAACUUUAGCUGAGGCCAAGGGUGUCUGAAAUGCCUCCUAGUUUAAUUCUACAAGCUCCAGUUCCUGCCUUAACCCAUAUCUGUGGCCAUCCUUGGGCUCACACAGCCCUGGGCCUUCUGGCAGGCAAGCCAGCCCCUCACCUGCUCUGUAGCUUCGCCUUCUCUGCCCAGGGCUGAGAGGGGCCAGGGGCCAGCUUCCUGCAGGGCCUCAAGGCUCAGAAGAAAUCUGGCUCCAGCCAGCAAGACUGCAGCACCCAGGUUCCUGCCCCCCACUGGCCCCUGGACCGGGCCCACACCCUUGGCCGGGCCCCAGAGAGUGUGUGUCUAGGAAGAACCUGGUGGCUGUAGAGAAGCACAUGGAAAGUUCGGCGUUUGGAAAUAUCGAGGGUGUAUGUCCAUGCGCUGAGGAGGUUACCCUGAAUCCUAGGCGGGUAGAUGGGCUGGAGGGUGAUGGGGCUGGAGAUGGGGCCUGAGCGUUGGGGGUGAGGAGCAGGGCUCAGGCUAGACAGCCCCAAACUUGGGAAGACCUGGCCUCGCAGCCCUCACCCUGGGACAGGGUGGAGAAGGACCCUCAGUUGUCCACAGGAGAUUAAGGAAACACAGCCUCCUUCCCCUCCUACUGGAAAUGCCCCAGCACAGCCUCCCUGGCAGGCUUCUCGGCUUCUCGAGUGUUCCUUCCACCGUCAGAGAGGCACCUUCCCAGGCUGCCUCCCAGCAUUGUGCAAGGCCCGGAGGAGAACCAGGAAGUGAAACUGGGUGAAACAGAAAGCUACAUGGACCUGCCACGUUCCCACACCGUCGUGGGGCACUCUGCUUCCCGGUAGUGUCACGUCUUCUGGUCACUGGAACCCACCUAGCCCAGGAAUCAGGACACUCCUCAAGGAUUUUAUCUCCACUGGAUUUGGGGGUUAAAAGUCUCCUGAGACUCCACAGCCAGAAACUGAAGGCAGCAGCUCCCCAAAGGCUGGAAAUUCCCUAAGAGGAGAAGGUCUGAGGCAAGAGGCGGAGUGAUGGGGGAGGGUUGAGGGAAGGGGCCAGAGUUGGGGGGACAGCUGUGGCCAGGGAGAGAAGGAGGCAUUGGUGAGAGCGGUCUGCAUAAUGCUUCUGAGUUCAGGACGGUGUUCCAAGGCCGAAAUUACAGUCUCUUAACCUGGAGAUACUGUUCGUGGGAGCAUUUAGCUCGUGCUUAGCACAUAGUAGAUCCUCAAUAAAGCAU